GUUCACACAGAGGAACAUUCUAAGGAUUUACCCUAUAGAAACUUAAAGUUGCCUCCUCAAAUUACCAACCACAUGUUGGAUGGAUGCAUGGAGCUCAAAUGGUUGUGUCUAAUGUGCAGGGAUGUGAUAAAUCACUAUGGUUGAUGCAUGGGAUGUUUACAACCAAUGAUGAGGCCGUGCCUUUUUUAUGCACAAGGGCUCAAAUGAUGAGGUUUUUUGAUCCUAAAAAGACCUUGAUAGUGACAAAGACAUUGAAGGUGAAAGCAUUUAUGGCUAAUGGAUGUCACUUGGAUUUUAAUCAAACCCCCUUGAUUCAUUCUCCCCACAGACUUCUACACAGAAGUUAG